UUUUACUCAUCCCCUUCAACAUUAAUGAUGUGUUUCUUCUAUUAUUUAUGAAAAAAAAAGGUUUUCUUCAUAUAGGAGAAAAAUUAAAAAUGACACUUUAGAAAUAAAAAAAAAUCAUAACUCAACUAUGUUAUAUGCCAUUAUGAAAAUCUUUACAAUACAUAUUUUUCAUAAAAACUAAGUGAUUUGAAGUCACGUAAAUAUUGAACAUAUAAAUAUAACACCUAAGUAUUAUAUCUGGUUAACAUUUAAAUAUAAUUUUACUAUUGUUUAUAAAAUAUUUAAAUUGUUUAAUAACAAUAGUUAUUAUUACAUUUUAUAUAAAAUUAAAAAUUUAUGUGUUUUCAGAGUCAAGUUCUUUAUUGAGUAAUUGAUGUGGAUUACUUUAUUUAUUUAAAAAAUUCAAAUUGAAGUAUAUAUAUGUGAAUUUUUUCAAAAAUAAUAUUUGAAAUAUAAAAUUAUUACAUAUAAAUAUAGAUUAAAAAAAUCUGAAAUACAUAUAAAUUUUAUGUGGAAUUUUUUAACAACAAAUCCUCCUACUUUAUGUACUUAUACUGUAUAUAUAAUAAAAUAACAUUACUAAUUUUUUUUUACAAAAUUAAAAAAAAAUUAGGAGGCCCAAAGGUGGCUCCGUAUCACUUGCUGAACUAAUUUGAUUAUUCAUGUUUAUAUUGAUUAAUUUGAUUGUUAAUUAAGCUUUAAAUAAUAAAAUAUUUAGAUUUGUUAAUGUUCCAUCAAAAAUCCUAACCAAAAAGUACCUUCGCAAUCAAAGGUGGGGUAUGGGCCCAUGGGGUAUGACUUUUGUCUUGUCUUUUUAGAUGAAGUAUGGAGUACUAUAUUACUUCCCCCAAUGCUCAUAAUCUUAGUUACUUAGUUUCACCAUUUUCACCACCUUCCACGAUGUCUCUCAAAAUCUCUCUCCACAAUUCGAAGCUUCUCAAGUUGCUGAUUUUCUUUCUCACCCUCUCUUCCUCCCUCACCGAAACUACCUCCGACGCCUUGCGGAGCGGCCAUGGAAUCUACAUCGACUCUAAAAUUCCCUACUUAUUGGGGGCAUUGGUUCUCCCGCCCCUCUUCGCGAGCACUUGGAUCGUUUGGUCGCAUCAGAGAAGGAAGCUCGAGCGCCACAGAAUGAGCUUGUUCGACAGAAAUGGCGGAAACAUAUUGAAGGAGAAGCUAUCCAAGCGCGAGGGAUCUGCGCACCUCAAAAUAUACACAGCUCAGGAAAUGGAGAACGCCACUAACAAUUACAGCGAGCGGGGGGAAUUCUACCGCGGAACCUUCGAGAAUAAUCGAGAGGCCGCCGUGAUGAAGAUUCCGUCGCUGGUGCCGGAAUCGAAAAUCGAACAGUUCAUCGACGAGGUGAUCCGUCGCUCUCUUCGCGGCGGAAAUGUAAUUAGGAUUUCGGGCUUCUGUUUGGAGACGAGUUUUCCCUUACUAGUUUACGAGCACCACGUAGAUGGGAACCGCGCGCUUUCCGGCUUCAUGCGCGGCGGCGCCGGCGUUCUUCCCCGCGCGAAAGCGGUGCUGCUCCAACUUCUUCGGUGGCGGAGGGCGCCGGAAAAUGGGGGAGAUUCGGUGUCUGGAGCUGUUGAUGAUGAGGAGAGUGGCGGAGCAGUGGAGGAAAGGCCUACUUCGAGAGAAUUGGAAGAUGAGCUUAAGUGA